AUGGUGAACAUUGAAAGCUGCAGCAGAAUAUCUGAAGGAGCGAUAUUCAAAGCUAAAAGUUUCCUUCCCUGUUUGAGAAAAAUAAACAUCUCCUUCAACGAUCAGUUGAGCGUUCUUGCGGUGGCUUGUUUGUGUUCCUGUUCUUCCUUACGAGAUAUCCGUGCGAGAGGAAUAAGGCUGCCGGCAAAAGAACUAUUGUUUCUGACAAGAACUUUUCCCCGACUUGGAAAUGGACGCCUAACUCUGGACAUUGGUUUCGAGGGAGGUGAUUACUUUGUGGAUGCAAUAGACGCCUUGUCAGACUUUGAUCUUUUCUGA